AUGGUCUACAUCCCGCUCGUGUCGACCCUCGCUCCCGCCGCCGACAGCGCGGCAGCGUCCGGCAACUCGGCGGUCCUCUUCGCGCGCUCGACCAUGGCAGCCAUUUCGGGUCUGCUUGUCCAGAGCGGCCUCCCUCAGCUCAACUACCCGACGAGCUUGACGAAAGGCAUCGUGCCCAAGAACAUCCACUCGCACAACGACUACACGCGCCCGGUCCCCUUGCUCGACGCACUCGCAGUCGGGGCUAAAAGCGUCGAGGCCGACAUCCAUCUCGUCGAGGGCAAGCUUCUCGUCGGCCACAAGAGCGUCUCGCUCACCUCGUCUCGGACGCUCGAGGAGCUCUACCUCGACCCGAUCCUCGAGAUCAUCAAGCUGCAGAACCCGGCGUCGCCGUUCGCGUCCGGGAGCGAGACUGCCGCUUUGACCAACGGCGUGUUCGACUACGACCCUGAGCAGAGCCUGCAGCUCCUGCUCGACUACAAGACCGACCCGUCGGCGCUCCACCCAGCCGUCAUCGACGCCCUCGCCCAGUUCCGCGCGCUCAACCUCCUCACGACCUUCAACUCGACGUCUGGCACCCUCACGACUCGCCCUCUGACGAUCACCUGCACGGGCAACUGCGACCUCGCGCUCGUCUCGAGCCAGACGCCGCUGCGCGACAUCUUCCUCGACGCGCCCCUCGAGGACAUCGCCAACCCGGCCUACACGACGGCGGUGACGCUCAUGGCGAGCACGAGCUUUAAGCACAUGUUCGGCUGGCUCGACUCGUUCGACGUCGACGCCGACAAGGCGCAGGGCAUCGCCGAGCUCGUGCACGCCGCGAGGGAGAAGGGCAUCAAGACGCGCUUCUGGGAGACGCCGAGCUGGCCGGCUUUUGUGCGCGACGACGUCUGGCGCGGCCUUCUCAAAGCGGGCGUCGACUGGCUCAACGUCGACGACCUGCGUGGCGCCGCCUCUCUCUAG